UUUAAAUAGUAUUUAAAAAAACGAUAUGGGCAAGCUGUGAGAUAUAUGUUUAGAGUUGCCUCCAACAACGUACCCCCUUUGAAUUCAAUAGACAACCCUUUUUAAAUCGCAUACGCAAUGCAAUCGGUUAUUCAGAGUGGUGUUUGAAAUUGCCGGUUUCGAGUCGAAGGCCAGUUGAAGAUGUCGGGACUCAAGGUGUUCCUGAAGGAGGGCUUUAAUGUGGCGGCGGUGAUGGGUCUGGGCGAUGUGAUAGCCCAGUUUGGCGUCGAGAAGAAGUCGCUGGACGAGUGGGAUGCCGGCCGAACGCUUCGUUUUGGCGCCCUGGGGAUGGUGUUUGUGGGUCCGGUGCUCCGGCGAUUUUACGGCUUCCUGGAGUCGCGGGUUCCCAAGACCUACACCCCGAUCCGCAGGGGAGCCAUCAAGAUGCUGGUCGACCAAGGCCUCUUCGUGCCCCCCUUUGCGCUGGCCAUGUCCUUCCUGGUGCCGCUGGUCAAUGGCGAGCCGAUGGACAAAAUCCGUCAGCGCAUCAUCGACACCUACCCCACCAUCCUGGUCCGCAACUACAUGCUCUGGCCAGCCGCCCAGAUGAUCAACUUCAGCUUCGUGCCGCUGGGCUACCAGGUGAUCUACGUGCAGUGUGUCGCCCUCGUCUGGAACUGCUACCUCUCCAUAGUCCUCAACAAAUAGGGCUACGGACUACUCCUAUCUUUAUCCGUAUCCGCAUC